CAUUUCCUCCUCCAGCCGCAGCCGAUGCUUGCAGAGCGAGUUUUGCAAUCCCGAAGGUUUCUGUUCUGCAGCGGGGAGGUGCCUCUCUCCACCUUGCAGCUCUCUCCGCCCGUGGUUCGCUGCAUCCGCCGGUGUUGCGCUGCCGGCCCCGACAGGUCCCAGCGAGCAGCGGGGUUUGGCGGAGCAAAGAGCAGCGUCGCUGCCUCCCAUGCGCAGGAGAUGCAGAGCACCCCCAACUACCUCUGGAGCACAGACGACCUGCUGGGCCAGGGAGCCACGGCCUGCGUCUACAAAGCCCGCAGCAAGAAAUCAGGGGAGCUGGUUGCUGUCAAGGUCUUCAACAAAGCCAGCUACCUGCGCCCGCAGGAGGUGCAGAUGCGGGAGUUCGAGAUGCUGCGGAAGCUGAACCAUAAGAACAUCGUCAAGUUAUUCGCAGUGGAGGAGACGGGCAGCAGCAAGCAGAAGGUGCUGGUGAUGGAGUACUGCUCCAGUGGCAGCCUGCUCAGCGUCCUCGAGGACCCCGCCAACGCCUUCGGCUUGGCCGAGCCCGAGUUCCUCGUGGUGCUGCAGUGCGUGGUGGCAGGGAUGAACCACCUCCGCGAGAACGGCGUCGUGCACCGGGACAUCAAACCCGGCAACAUCAUGCGCCUGGUGGGGGAGGACGGGCAGAGCGUCUACAAACUGACGGACUUCGGUGCCGCCCGGGAGCUGGAGGACGACGAAAAAUUUGUGUCUGUCUAUGGGACGGAGGAGUACCUCCAUCCCGACAUGUACGAGCGCGCUGUCCUGCGCAAGCCGCAGCAGAAGGCGUACGGUGUCACCGUCGACCUCUGGAGCAUCGGCGUCACCUUCUACCACGCUGCCACCGGCAGCCUGCCCUUCGUGCCCUUCGGGGGACCCCGCAGGAACAAGGAGACCAUGUACAAGAUCACCACUGAGAAGCCCCCCGGGGCCAUUGCGGGCGUGCAGCGGCAGGAGAACGGCGGCAUCGAGUGGAGCUACGAGCUGCCCCUCACUUGCCAGCUCUCGACGGGGCUGAAGGACCAGCUGGUUCCCAUUCUGGCCAACAUCCUGGAGGCGGACCAGGAGAAGUGCUGGGGUUUCGAUCAGUUCUUUGCAGAAACCAAUGACAUUUUGCACAGGAUCGUGGUCGACGUCUUCUCCCUGCAGCAGGCGUCCUCGCACCGCGUCUACAUCCACUCCUACAACACUACCAGCAAGUUUUUAGAUGCUGUCUUCAAACAAACACACGUAGCCCCUCACCACCAAGAAUAUUUUUUUGAAGGCCACCCCUAUGAGUUGGACCCCAACCUCCAAGCCCACAACUUCUGCAGAACAGCCCGGCACAACCCUCUGACCCUGCUGAGCUGCGCUGAGCAGCCAGAGGACGUGGUGGGCGUGAGAUACAGAGACCCGGCUCUCGACUUCCCCAAGUUUGUCCCCAAGGUGGAUGUGGCAGCCGACUGCAGCACUGCCAAGAGCGCGGUGGGCGCCGUGCACCAGGCACUGCGGAUCGCACAGGAGCUGCGGCGGUGCCAGGAGCUGUCGGUGCGGGGGCUGCACUGGGUGAUCGGCAACCUGAGGUCCGAGUGCUUGAGGGUUUUGGAGCAGAGGAGGGGGAUGAACGUGGUGCUCUCCGGGCUGCAGCUGUUGGAGGGGAAGACCCGUGGGCUGUACGAGGCUGUCCCUGGGGGCAGUGCACUCCCAACCCUGAAAGACGUGGCCGCAGUGAAGAUGCGGCUGCAGAGGGUGGCGGAGGAGCUUUCCCAGUGCUCCCACAGCAUCUUCGACUUCCAAGGGGUGCUGGAUGGGAUCGUGUCUGAACUGGUGCAUCAUGGGCAGCAAGCGCAUGAAGACAAAAGCAUCCGGCAGAUUGAGUGCUGUCUGGAGAAGAUGCAGCUCAUCUACAAGCAGUUCCGCAAGGCCAGGACGUGUCCAGGGCUAGGCCACAACGAGGAGCAGAUACACAAACUGGACAAGGUGAAUUUGGGGCACUUGGCCAGGAAGGUGCUGCUCAUCUUCCAGGAGGAGUGUGCGCAGCAGUACCAGGAGGCUCUGGCCCUGCAUGGCAGCAGGACAAGGAAAGUCUGUGAGAUAAAGAAGCACCUGAAGAGGCUCAGCAACCGCAUCAGCGCCUGCAGCGUGGAGGCCAGCGAGUGCCAGGAUUGCCUGCAGCUGGCUUUGGACAAGUUUCUGCAGAUGGUCGUGCAGGAGAAGCGCAGCCUGACCCUCCCCUGCAGCCGGGAGAUGGCUUUGCAGAUGCAGGAGCUGCUGGAGAAGAUGAAGUCGGUGACGUGCGACCUCCAGUUCAACAACGGCAUCAUCGAGCGGCUCAAUGGGGCUGCUCCUGCUCCUGGGGUCUGAGCACGGUGCAUUUGCAGCUGCAGAAGCAAACAGGGGAUCACUGCCAGCACCACGGGUCCCACACUAUGCACUGCUCUGACACUGCGUUGGUGCUGGAGCAGCUCUCUGGAUCCUACCUCUGUGCUCCAGCACU